AAUGGCGCCAUUGCGGAGACACUCUAUCUCCACUUGUGUCUCUUGUGUUUAGAACUCGGCGCGAUGUCCCCCUCCCAACCAUCGCUGUGCCGUUUGUAUCGCUGAACUGGGGAUAGGGGGCGUGGCUAGUCUCAGAUCACGUGACAGUUGGCGGACCGCGGUUCAGUCAGACAGAGGGGAGAGAGAAAGACCGAGACCGGAACCGGAAACCGAGUGCGAACUAAGAGAGAGAACGGAGCUUUUCCAUCGGAGGUGUAGAGACCGGCACCGAGUCGGGGGGGACCGGUACUGGACUGGCAGCAUCAGCUCGUAUGUAGGUGUUUAAUGUGUGAAUACAUUGCUCAUACCGAGCAUCCUGCUCUCCACCCAGACUGCUAACACCGGCCAUGGCACUCACUGAGCCCCCGGGAUGGACACCCCAUGGCACUCACUGAGCCCCCCAGGAUGGACACCCCAUGGCACUCACUGAGCCCCCCGGGAUGGACACCCCAUGGCACUCACUGAGCCCCCCGGGAUGGACACCCCAUGGCACUCACUGAGCCCCCCAGGAUGGACACCCCAUGGCACUCACUGAGCCCCCCGGGAUGGACACCCCAUGGCGCUCACUGAGCCCCCCGGGAUGGACACCCCAUGGCACUCACUGAGCCCCCCGGGAUGGACACCCCAUGGCACUCACUGAGCCCCCCGGGAUGGACACCUCAUGGCACUCACUGAGCCCCCCGGGAUGGACACCUCAUGGCACUCACUGAGCCCCCCGGGAUGGACACCCCAUGGCACUCACUGAGCCCCCCGGGAUGGACACCCCAUGGCACUCACUGAGCCCCCGGGAUGGACACCCCAUGGCGCUCACUCACUGAGCCCCCGGGAUGGACACCCCAUGGCGCUCACUGAGCCCCUGGGAUGGACACCCCGGCGGCUCACUCACUUCGAGCAGGGAUGGACACCCCAUGGCCACUCACUGACCCGGGAUGGGGUUUUGAAACCCUUUCCUGAGCCCGGGAUGGACUGCUAGGCGGCUCACUCACUGAGCGGGAUGAGGACACCCCAGCUGGCUCACUGAGCCCUGGGAUGGGACACCCCAUGCCGUUAGCCGGGGAUGGACACCCCAUGGCGUUAAGCUGAGCCCGGGAUGGACUUGGCUCCCUAGGCCCGGGGAUGGACACCCCAUGCCAGGCUCACUGAGCCCCGGGAUGGACACCCCAUGGCAUCCACUGAGCCGGGAUGGACACCCCCAUGGCUCACUGAGCCCCGGAUGGGCACCCAUGAAGCUCGCGAGCCCGGGAUGAACACCCCAUGGCGGCUCACUGAGCCGGGAUGGACACCCCAUGGCUCGCUGAGCUGAGGGAUGGACACCCCCAUGGCGGCUCACUGGGCUGGGGAUGGACACCCCAUGGCGCUCACUCACUGAGCCCCCGGGAUGGACACCCCAUGGCGCUCACUCACUGAGCCCCCGGGAUGGACACCCCAUGGCGCUCACUCACUGAGCCCCUGGGAUGGACACCCCAUGGCGCUCACUGAGCCCCUGGGAUGGACACCCCAUGGCGUUCGCCCGGGAUGGACACCCCAUGGCGCUCCCUGAGCCCCCGGGAUGGACACCCCAUGGCGCUCCCUGAGCCCCCGGGGAUGGACACCCCAUGGCGCUCGCUGAGCCCCCGGGGAUGGACACCCCAUGGCGCUCGCUGAGCCCCCGGGGAUGGACACCCCAUGGCGCUCGCUGAGCCCCCUGGGAUGGACACCCCAUGGUGCUCGCUGAGUCCCCAGGAUGGACUCCCCAUGGCGCUUGCUGAGCCCCCCUGGAUGGACACCCCAUGGCGCUUGCUGAGCCCCCCGGGAUGAACACCCCAUGGUGCUCACUGAGCCCCCUGGGAUGGACACCCCAUGGCACUCACUCACUGAGCCCCCGGGAUGGACACCCCAUGGCGCUCACUCACUGAGCCCCCGGGAUGGACAACCCAUGGCACUCACUGAGCCCCCCGGGAUGGGCACCCUAUGGCGCUCGCUGAGCCCCCGGGAUGGACAUCCCAUGUCACUCACUGAGCACACAGGGACACAGAGGCCACCACAACCACAGUGACAGAUUCGCUAUCUCUAUAGCAAGUGGACUUAAUAAACCACAACUGCUCAUGACAUGGUUAUUUUAUAUAUAUAUAUAUAUAUAUAUAUAUAUAUAUAUAUAUAUAUAUAUAUAUAUAUAUAUAUAUAUAUAUAUAUAUAUAUAUAUAUAUAUAAAUACAAGAACCCUUGCACUCCAACUUAUGAAAGACAGUACCUGGUGCUCUGGUCAGCUCGAAUGUAAAUAAAAAGGGAUACCGGCACUCAAGGAAUUUCAAAAGUUUACUUCUUAGUUGCAUCUGAAAUCGACGUUUCAGCUCCUCUCAGGGAGCUUUCAUCAGGGUCUUUGUCCUGAUGAAAGCUCCCUGAGAGGAGCUGAAACGUCGAUUUCAGAUGCAACUAAGAAGUAAACUUUUGAAAUUCCUUGAGUGCCGGUAUCCCUUUUUAUAUAUAUAUAUAUAUAUAUAUAUAUAUAUAUAUAUAUAUAUAUAUAUAUAUAUAUAUAUAUAUAUAUAUAUAUAUAUAUAUAUAUAUUUUUUUUUUUUUUUAAGCUUCCAUUUGUAUUUUCAUACUGGUACUCCAGGUAGGUAGUGUAACUUUCAACAUGAUAUUGGCUGUGGCUGCUCAUCAAAAUAAUAGGCCAAAAUAAAUGGGUUUUUAUUUUUUUGGACACCUUCCAGCCGGACAAAUGCUGGUAGGAAGCACACAUAGCCAAUGCAGUGCUGCCUGGAAUAUUCCUAUUGGCCACCAGGAGUGAACUUAACUAGUCAUUUUUAUUUAUAUAAUGGUAAUAUGUAAGAAACACAUUGCAUGCAACAAUUUGGUAUGUGCCAUAGUUUAUGAAACAUUUAAACGUAACCUGUCCUCCCCCCAGCCCACCACAGAAAAAGAAGAGAGCAUGAAAUCUCAUCUGUACAUUGUGCUAGCAAAUUUAUAGAUAGUGAGGAAAAAAAUGGUUUGACUGCUUACAUUGGGUGGCUCCUGGCACCACAAACACUGCAGCGUCCUUGUGGGGUUUAUUUAAAGGAACUCUCCAACCCUCUACAGAACUUCAGCUUGCUGAAAUAUUUUUUUAGGAGUUAACUUGAGGUAAAAGUUAACACUUUUAUAAAUUAUCUGAUUGGUAGUGGUCAUCAUAAUUUUUGGACAAAGACUGUCAAGGAAAAUAUUUGGUGUUGAUAAAAAGGUACUUUAUUUUGUUAACGUCGGAGAGGCCUACAUUUAAAAAAAGAAAAAGGAAAAAAAACAUUAAAAAUAAAUAUAUUUCUAAAUACAUAUGCAUAACACAAAUUGUUGUAAGGGCUAAUGUAUGAAGUAUUACCAGGUACUUAGCUGAGUAUAUUGUAGAUAAGCAAAAGAGCUUAUACUACCUACUGCAUUUCCAUCUUCUUUGAAGCAUCUCUGUCUCUUUCUGUUCUCUUUGAAUAUUUUGCCCUGACCCCUGAAGGUGACAUUGCUGCUUGCAGUAUAGAGUCUCCCUGGAGCCCACGUCAGCCCGCUAAUAUUUUGACAAAUUCUUUUUUCUUUUUGUUUCUUUCAAAUAGGUUGAUAUGAGCUCGCAACAAUUCCCCCGACAAGGGGCUUCAAUAACUCAAUCACAGAUUUCAGGAAGUGGAACUGGAGUGGGCCAAAGUGCUACAGGACCAGGUAUGGAAGUAUAGUGUUCAGGUAGCCUGAUGAUUCAUCCACUUUACACCAGGGUUAGGCAACCUUUGGCACUCCAUAUGUUGUGCACUACAUCUUCCCUGAUGCCUUGACCGCAUCAUUGCUGUAAUAGCAAUAUAGGAGGUUUAGUCCACAGCAUUAGGAGUGGCAAAGGUUGCAGUUAAAGGGACAUUGUAGGCACCAUAACCACUUUGGAUUACUGAAGUAGCUAUGGUGCCUGGAGUCUGUGGGUGCAGGCUUCUGCAUCAAUGUUUACUGAUUUACUCCCCAUUUAGCUGAGAUUCCCCGAUUCUCGUUCCUUGGAAGCCUGCAAGGGGGACAACUGGAAAUUUGAACUAAAAUUGGCAUGUCUAUAAUGUGACCUUUUAAAGGAACAUUUCAAGAACCAUAACCACCACACUGCACCAUAGAGGUUAUGGUGCCUGGGACUCCUGUACGCUCUGCGUUCUGAGCCUCUAAACCAAGUUUAGGAGUGCACAGCUAAGCUCAUCGACUGAAAGUUAUCAGCUUUGGGUUUGAUUCCUGGUAGUGUUUUUCCAGCACCAUUGCAUAGGAUAACUUGAACACCCUAUACUGUAUAUAAAGAAUAAAAAAUACUGUUUAGUAAAUCGUAUUCAGUAUAGUAUUUUUAAAUAAUUACUACAGUAAAAUACUGCAUUGGUAUGUGUUAUAUAAAUUUUAAAUAUUAUUUUGUUUAUGGGUUUCAGUUGUUACCUGCAGUCUUUGUAUUAUGUUUACCAAUGGUGACUAAUUCUGCUAGUAGAUGGUGGGAUCUACUUUUAAAAAUAAAUAAGUAAAUUUUUUCAGUGAAUUAUUAUCUUAUGUAAAAGAUUUCAACUAUUUUCUGUAGGAGGUGAUGACUCUGCACGUGAAAUAGAGAUCCAGCCUCGGGAUCAUCUUGGGUCCAACGCGGUCUUGCCUUCUCGUGAUGAGAAACAGGAGCCAGUGGUAGUUCGGCCAUACCCUCAAGUCCAUAUGUUGGCUCCACACCACCCUGUGCAAUCAGCUACUCCUCUCACCAUGGCUGCCCAAUCUCCUCAUCUCGCCCCUGCUGUGCCGUUGCCGUUUCCAGAAGGUAUCCUUAAGGUGAGAUGGAACUAUUCGGAUAUAAUACAGUGGAAUAAACAUUACUAAACCAUGACAAAUAACGUAUAAAUAUAUGUCUAUUGUAUGUCAAUGUAAUCACAUAACAUAUACAUCAAUAACGUCUAUUUAAUUGCAUGCAAUUUUAGGUUAAUAAUAUUUCAGUUUAAUUACAUACAAAUAUAGGUUAUUUUGUGCAUCCUCCAAAUUUUAGGGCAGCACAGAUCUCAUUUACUUUUUAAUGCUAUUCUUUGGGAAUUCCAGACACAAACUAGCUUUGACACGUGAAGGGCUUAUUUGUAUUCAUUUAUGUUUUUGUUUCACACCAAAUUUAAUGGCCAUUUGCCUUAAGGCAUCACAGGGUGCAGUAAUGCCAAGUCAGCCUUGAAUGUAUUGUAACCGUUACAAUUCCAAAGCAUGAGCUUUUUUAAAAAAAACAUUCUUCAGUAAUAUAUCUCUUACAAUAUUGUAUGCAAGCAAAUGCAAUGUUCAAUGUCUUUUAAAGAGUAUAUUGCUUUUCUGUUCAUAUGGUAAGUAUCUGAAACCGUAUAUGCGGUUUCACUGGUGAUUCUCUCUGAGCAGUUUAAAAAAUAUAUAUAUAUUUAACCCCUUAAGGACCAAACUUCUGGAAUCAAAGGGAAUCAUGACAUGUCACACAUGUCAUGUGUCCUUAAGGGGUUAAAGCUGUGCACGGUUGAACAGGUAAUAUAGAGUAUUUCCUUUCUCAAAUGGUUUAACCUCAACGAUUACCUCUAGCGCCUGAUUUCCAAUUCCCCCAGCGGCAUCCAACAUCUGAAAUAGAUUUUUAGGAAGCGCAGAGUGCCACCUCGCAGGCGCGCCACUGACGUGCUAGAAUGAUCAGCUUACUCUCUAAGCAAAUCAGCAGCUCCCCAUUUAUAAUAAAACGGUAUGUAGUUCUGCCUCAGGCCGAUCCUUAUUGGCUGAUAGCCCAGGUGAUAUUAGUUCAGGGAGAAUGGAUUUAGCAUAGCACAGGAGGAAUGGUGGGGGGCACUACCAUUGGCUGUUUGGAUGCCUGUUUUGUGUAUAAUUGACAUUUGCCAUCCUGGAACUUUUGUUUUUGGCUGGCUAAUGAUGCUUCUGGAGGUGUAGUUACAUCUUUGUAUGUGCAGCGUUUUAUAUUGAAAUGUUGUGUAUACAGACUCCAAGCUCCAUGACCACUUUAAAUCACUGAAGUGGUCAUGGUGCACGCACUAACCCUUUUAAAGAACAUUUUAUCAUAGCAUGACCGAUAUUAAUAGCUUACUAAAUAUAUCUUAAACUGACAAGCUUUUUCUAUGCUCAGGAUUUAUGUAAAGUGUUUUUAUUUCUUAUUUUGACAGGUUCACAUCAGUGGACGCCAAUUUUGUGCUUGAUAUCUUAUUUAUCUUUAUUUUAUUGCUAUUCUCUAUUAUGUGAAGUAAACCAUUCAUCCUCUGUUAUGUGGUAAUAUCUCAUCUGAGAUUCUUUUACACUAGAAAAAUAAAUGGUAUCUUAGUUGAUAUUUUAAUCUUUGGUUUAUCCUCUAAACAAAGGAUCAUAGCUUUUGAUUAGUCUACUUUGAAAGAGUCACACACCUGCAAAACAUUCUUUUAGAAAAAGUAUAUAUAUAUCUUAUCAAUAUAUUUAAAAUGUAGAGUAGAUCUCAUCAAAUAUCUAAUUUCAAUUAUUUAGUUAAAGUUAGACCUCUAAACCUCUAUUAGAGGCACGUUGUAGAGGGUGGUGAUGUAUGUAUUCCCUUCCUCUUGUAACAGUCUAGCAUAUUGUCCUGUGAAGUAUAAUAAACAUAUUCGUUAAACAGCAAUUUGAAUGUAAAGGUAUAUUGCAAAAUUUUUGCUAAAAUAGUUCAUUUGAAAAACAUCAACUCUAAUGCACUACUAUUAACUGCUUAGUGAAUAUGAUGCUCUAUAGUGCAUUGCAAUCACACUGCCACAGAAAAGUACAUAUCGGAAUUUGGCAGCCACUGGAUGGCAUACUUCACUAGACCUCUUCUAAAUUGACCAAACACACUGUCCAGUUGAGCGAGGAACCAUGGGAAUGUUUGAGAUGUACGGCAGCUGAAAAUAGUUCUAUAUUUUAUGCCUACAAAUUCUGCAUUUAUACAUUUUGCAUACAACUCUUUAGGUCAUUACCCACAUGCUUGAGUUUUUAAUUAUUUAUACAACAUACAUUAAUUUGCCAAGAAAAAUUUAGACCAGAGAAAAAAAGAAAUUCUUGGUUUUUCCAUUUCAAGUUGGGGGGUGCUUUUUUAAAAUGUAUUAUUAUUAUGAAAAAAAAUAUGCUUGGCUCCACAUGUUGGCACGUAUAUCAUAAACCACUGAUAUUUGAUUUAUGGUGUACUUAAAGGCGAAUUGACAGAUAUUGCAUGUAUAACCCAAUAUCUAGCCACAUUAGCUGUGGGUUGUGACUUUGAGAUUUUGUUUUUGUUUUGUCCUCCCCCUUUCUUUCUUGCAUUAUGUCACUCACAGGCAAAGCAUACAGUACACAUGGUUUUAACCCCCAUUGUGCAAUUUGCACAUAUUGCACUGCCUAUGGAAUGGCUCAGCAUGCAUGUGCUCAUAAGUGCACUUUCCAUGCUGCUAGAGUAAGAUUGACACCUCUCUCUGAAGUGCUGCAGGGGUAUAUUAUGCUUAUCUCUGGUGCACUUAAAUCGAAUUUCACAGUGACUGGGGGAUUCCUUUUUAAUAACUCAUAGCUCUUUCUGACAGAGCUGUACAGCAGCUGAUUGCUGAUCCAAUGUCGGUAUUUUUUUCAUAAUUGAAACUAGCUGUGUAUAGCUUUCAGCAGAAAGUGCAGAGCUGAUGUUGAUUAUCACGUGGGACAAAUAAGGGAAAUUCACAGGUGAGUUUGUGUUCAAUACAUUGGCAAAAUAAUGCAUUACCCAAAAGAGGAGCGUGUCACAACCCCAGCCGGGAAUAUUUGGAUAGAAAGUACUAUUAACUGCCAAAGUGUAGCAAAAUGACAUACUCAUAGAAAUGUAAUACAAUCACUAAUUAGCACAUUGGUGACUCUUGCAUAAUUUUACUGCUGGUUAAUCACUUCUCAGGGUUAAAAGUCAAAUGUAAAUAGGUUGAUAGUGUGCAAGGAGACCUGCACGUAUUUGGUACCAACACUGAACGACAAUGGACCAUAUCAUCCUCAACAUGAACAGUUGGCAAUCUUAGGAAGUAUUUGGCAUGUGCAGCUUGAGCAACAAACAUAAAAUGUCAUUAUGGCAAAAUAUGAGCAUCCUGAAGUUUAGCCUUAAUUGUUUCUAGGAAAUGUUGAUUCCUUCUUUGUCUUUUACUAUAAGGGACCUGGAUCCUUGCGGAUAAGUCUGAUGUAGAUCCUGUUUUAAGCUUCUGUCUUUCAAGUGACUGCUGAAGGGAGUCAGAUGAAUAAUUUUGUCUUGACAGAAGUUCACUAUUGAUGUCUUCCCACAGCCACCUCUGAAGCCCACUAUUCCCAGCCGCCCUAUUGCUCCAGCACCUCCCUCUGCCCUGUCAGCUGUACCAAAGGUCUCUGGGCCGGUGACAGUCACCAUGGAGAGUGGCCUUCCACAGGCCUCCGCUAUUCCUGUGGCCACUAUCAGUGGGCAGCAGGUCGGUGCCUAGUGCUUAAAAAAAUAAAACAUAAAAAAAUCAUCUAGCUGUUUGCGUUGUCUCGGGUUCAUCAGUGGGGUUUACUAUGAUUGCUUAAAUGUAUUCAUGGACACAUUGGGAACCACAUAGACAUUCCCAUCCCACAGUUCAUGGGAUAAUCUUACUUAACCUACUUUUUCAUAUAGCUAGUCUGACUGACCUUACUUACCACUUCUCAUAUUCUUUAAUGACACUCUGGUAUUCAAUCCCAUGCUUUAAAAAUCUGAUGUGUCCUGUAUCCUAUAAGUAACCCUCUAGUUAUGUGAUUAGCAGACAUCCUGUUUUCAGUCUGAUCAAUGUAUAUGUAUAUCCACUCUUUUUUGCAUCCCUAAUAUCUGUAUUUUUACAUCUUCUAGGGGCACCCGAACAGUCUUCACCACAUCAUGGCCACUAAUGUCCAGAUGUCCAUUAUUCGUAGCAAUGCUCCUGGACCUCCUUUGCAUAUUGGAGCCUCACAUCUUCCCAGAGGUAAUGUGAAACAGACAGUUUAUUACUUAACUUAUUGCUGUAUGUUCCAAGCAUUUUCCUAACAUUUUUGUUUUCUUUUGCAAACCAGGAGCAGCUGCAGCUGCUGUAAUCUCCAGCUCUAAAGUAACUACAGUCCUUAGACCUGCUUCGGCACCAAUUCCUAGUGCAGCCACAGCUCAGUCAGCAGCACAACAUAUUAUUCACCCCCCCAUCCAAGUAAGUAGUACUUUUAUUUUUAAUUCCUUUAAGAAAGUUUGGCCGAGUAAUAGUGUAAGGUCAUCCACACAGACAGAGACCCUAUUCUCUUUACCCGCUUCUCAUAGGCCACUAUUACCCUCUUCUUGACCAAUAUGAGAAAAAAAGGGUUCGAUGUGGAGAGGGCAAAUAAGAGAGAACAAGUGGCACCCAUGUCUGGUGCCAUUAAAUAUAGGGAUGGGAGAAGAGACAGCACUACGAAUGAUCAUUUGAGCCCAAGCAAAUUGAUCUGAAGCCGCAGCGGCAUAGCAGCAGAAAUAAAGGGCCAUUCAAAUCAAGGUUGAUGUUGCACCUGGUGUUUUCAUAUGCCUAUCACCCCAGUAUGAAGCCCACAUGGUCCGGAUAAACCAAGGAGGUCAACACUGUACUAUUAUUUAACACUGUAAUAGUUUGGCGACGUUUUAGUGUCCGUAUUAAUAAGGUAGAUAAGUCUUCAAUUGCUAGGUUGGUCUGGUGAUUUGCAAGGAUUUAUUGAGGGUAAUAUCUGCAGGAAGGGAGAGAUCAGGACAAGAUUCAUCCUCCCGUACUGAUUGAAACUAAGCAAGGAGUUGAGGGGCCAGUUCCUGAGAAAAGGUCUAACAGUAUGCCAUUGUAAAUGCAUUCAGGCCAUGGGCUGUCCUGUUCUGCAGGGCUGAGCCUAUGCUAGGGAGGGCAGAUGAGUGAUUAUAGAUAAUGGACUAAAAAGAGUAAAACAUCCCUGAUACCUGUGGGAGAUAGGAUAAGGGCACCAUCGGAGUCCAUGAUAGACAAUAUAGUUUUGAGAAAGUAUGUUUGCAAGUAAGUAGUACUUUAUGAAAAUGAGUGAAAAGUAUGUUUAAAUUUAGUUAAAUGUUUUUAUGGGGUUUGUUUUCUUCAAUAUUAUCAUCAACUUCUAAAACGUAGGACUCUGUAGAGCAUCUUAUAUGCAGACAGGAUACAAAUAAAUGCCAUAUUUUGCUAUACACAAAUGCAAGCAAGCUAUUUUAUGGUGCUGGCUAUGGAAUCAAAUUCAUAUCUUUUAAAAUUAAGAUUUGUUUCUUAAUUAAAACCUUGUAUCUAAAAUGGACUAUGAAUAUUGGUGUUCCUUUUCCAAAAUCCACUGUUCGUGUAAGUCUGUUCCUGGGAAGAGUUUGAUAAUGUCUGACUGUCUGAAACCCAAUUCGACCUUAGCUUCUAUCUGGUUUAAUAACUAUGCAAUUCCAUGCUCUUCCUUCCAGUCUCGUGGCCCACCUGUGACCACUGCAACUUCCGUGACUCCUGCUGUAGUAGCUACUGUAUCAGCAACUCGAGCACAAUCGCCAGUCAUCACUACAACUCCAGCUCAUGCUGCUGAGCCAGUGCUAAGGUGAGAAACAUUAUUUUUUGUGAAAUUAUGGACGGAUGGCCUAGAACUAAAUGUGCAAACCCAGGCCAUCCCAAAUCUGUGACUGACUAGAGUGUUCAACCACUAUUAAUUUGUUCUGACACACCAGUGGUUUAGGCUCAGUGGAUGGAAAGUAUCUAUAAUGACGGUUUUUAUACCUUAAACUUUGCUGCUUUAAUUGCGGAGCAGGUUUGUAAAGGUGCCGUAUAUUAGGAUACCCACUCUGAGUGGAAGCCCUGAAUCUAUACUUAGACAAAUCACAAAAUGAUGUGCCAUUUUUUUAUGUUUACAUAUAAAUAGAAACCAUAAUUUCAGUUCUGUUGCCUUCCUUAUCGUAAAAUCUGCCUAUUUGAAAUAUCACCAUAGCAAGCUCUAAAGUCCUUUCCCUCUUGGAUGUAAACUAUGUUGCUGAAAGAUGUGUUCUAUUGCUUUUCAUUUUCAUUAUUAGACCAACACUGUCCAUUCAACAACACCCAUCACCUGCAGCCAUCAGUAUCCAGAGACCACCUCAGACUCGUGAUGCCACCACACGGAUCACUCUUCCAUCACAUCCCGCAUUGGGAGCGCAGAAACAACAGAUUCAUGCAAUGGCACAGGUACUCCAUUUAGCCCUCAACUUUAUGUACAUUUACUCAAUGUACUCAUCAAGCUGACUAGUGGCCAUAUUUCAGGAUAUGCCAAUUACAAGUCCCUGAAGAGUUAGGUUUUAAUAACAUGCUACACUUCACAAGAUAUAUAUUUAAAGAAAAAAACUAUGGGACAAAAAAAAUCUUGACCUGACACAGCCUGCAAGAGAAUUCCAUUGACUCGUAUGGGUGUGUGUAUGUGUGUGUGUGUGUGUGUGUGUGUGUAUGUAUAUAUAUGUAUAUAUAUAUAUAUAUAUAUAUAUAUAAUUUUUUUUUUCUUGUUUUUUUUUUUUUGCAUCUGUUUUUGUGUAAGUGCUUGUCUAUGUAUUUAUUUAUAUUUUGUUUACUAAACUUGUACCGUUUUCUUUCUUUGGCAGAAGACUCUCUUCGGCACUGGUAAUCCAGUAGCAGCAGCAACCGUGGCACCGAUUCUGGCAACAAACACUCUGCCAUCUGUGACCACUUCAGGUUAGACCGCUUUACAAUGCUGCAUGCAGCUUUACAAUGAAAUGAAACAUCCAUUAUCACUGUUCUGAACAGUCUCUUCUGUUGGAACUUCGCUUUGCAAUUAGCUUAGCUUAACAAUUCGACUAGUUAGACUGUAAAAAACCGAAAACCUGCCGUUUAAAACUAUAGCUGUUCAUAAUAAAAAAAAAAAAAAAAAUGUUUAUGUAAUUGUUAACAUGUUUUAAAAGUGGUGAUGCUAGAGAUUUUGCAAGUAUAAAACGCUUGGCUGUUUAUUUUCACUGUCUGGUGUUCAUAGGUUCUUCUCCCCACUCACAAGUUCCCACCAGCGCCAUUGUUACUAUGACAAUGCCAACUCACUCCUCACACGCUACAGCCGUGACGGCCUCCAGCAUUCCUGUGGGUAUGUGUAAAUUUGCUUCUCAACCAAUCUAUUUUCGUUUUUAGGAUUGUAUUCACCAAGGGUCACAUUCUAUGCAUGUGCUUUUCUAGAAACAAAUUUUCAACUUGAUCAACAUAAUCCAGCAAGUUCUAGCUAGCUUUCUUUGUGCUGCUAUGCAAUAGUCUUGUUCCAUAUGCCUGAAGCUGCUUGGAAUGAUAACUUGCACUAAAACCUUAGCUAAUAGCUUCACAUUAUACCAUUUUUUUUAUUUGUAUCAGGACCCAUGGCCCAUUUUCUUUUUUACUUUUACUUAUUUUAUUGACUUUGAAGUGAAAGCUAAAACCAUAUUUAAAACCAAUGCAUUUUCUUUCCUUGAAAUUAAGAGACUAGUCUAUUCUAGCAGUAGACAAAAGUUGACAAACUAUAACUCCUGUGAUGCUUUGCCAGCCUUAAGAAUGGCAAUAUAUCAUGGGAGCAAAAGUUUAACAGGUAGGGGGGGGGGGGUGUACUAUCUAACCAACUGUGGUCUUAUUGAUGGUAUUAUAUUGGCUCUGGUAAACAACUAUUGAUUUAAUACAUUGUGGUUUUACAGCCAAAGUAGUCCCUCAGCAAAUAACUCACACUUCACCUCGGAUUCAGUCGGAAUAUGGAGCUGAUAGGGGGAAUCUGAUACCCCUUCCAGGACAUAGAGCAUCACCCAACCCCAUGACUAUGGAGGCCAGGAGUGAGAACAGGUAAGAUAGUGGUAGCACACUCUGCUUCGGUGUAUGUAUGUGUCCAUUGAGACUACCCUAAUUUUGAGCCAUAUAUUUAUUUAUAGUUUAGUGCCGGAUCUUUUAAAUCUUACCCGUUUCUGGUCACUGUUCUUUCACCUACAAUAAUGAGUGUAGGCUGAAGAUAAUGUGGUAUGCUCACUUCCUUAAACUUAACCUGUCAAAAACAGAACUUCUGGUCUUUCCUCCCUCAAGUGUUGCUACACCUGUGUCUGUCUUCCUCCAAGUCAACAACGCUAUCUUCGAGUCUACCUCGCAGGCUCACUGCCUAGACGUUCUCUUUAAUUCCGAUCUCUCCUUCACCGCUCAUGUCCAGUCGAUCACCAAAUUCUUCCACUUCCAUUUCAAAAACAGUGCGCAUCUGCCGCUUUUUAACGCCAGGCAUUGCUAAGCUGCUUGUCCGUGCCGCUAUCCUUCUUCGUCUUGACUACUGCAAUCCACUUCUAGUGGUCUUAUUUGUUCACCACUAGCCCCGUUACAGUCUAUAAUGAAUGCGGCGGCCAGGCCCAUCUUCCUGUCCCCCCGCACCUCCCACAUAUCAAUUAAACUGUUAACAGCUUUCCCUCUCUGCACCCCGUUUCUUCUCCCGCAAGUAUCAUUAAAAAAAAAAGCCUCCAAAAAACUAAGCUCUCAGUGAAUACUAUUUUAGCAGCUGACUUUCCUUCCCUUCCCUUUUGUGUGACUAUACCCCACUCCCUCUAGCAUGUAAGCUCAUUGAGCAGGGCCCUUAAUCCCUCUGUUCCUGUGCUUCCAACUGGUCUAGUUACAAAUACAUGUUUGUUAGUCCAACCAAUGUACAGCACUGUGGAAUUUAUUGGCUCUUUAUAAAUAAUUUUAAUAAUGAAAAAUAAGGCCAUAUGCCCAGUCCAAGCACAACUUGGUUAAGAGCUCACCUAAACCUUUGUGCAAGGAUGAGUGCACAGCCCAACUUAUACCUUUACCCCAUCACUCUCUUAUCCCAGUGGUGAACAUGUCAAGAAACAGACUGAGUUGGCACCACCUAACCUUGCUUUGUCACACGAUCAAAUCAAGCACUUGUUUGUCAAAAUACUUUGAACACCUUAAUGACAUACCAGAGCUAUUGCUUGUCCCCCAAGGACAGAAUUGUGUGAUUAACACCGCAGGUUGCUCCUCUUGAACAUGUUCAAUAGCUGAUGCUGCUGCAAAAAAUAAAAUAGCUCUACCAUGAUGCAUUUACAUUGCUGUUUCAUUAAAGAUUAUUUUAAAUUCCUCUGCUUUUAUCAUUCAUUGUUAUUAAAUAUAUAUUCUCUGUGGUUCCCAGGCAGGCUGUUGGAGUGCAGCUGCAGUACUUUCUCCCCACAUAUUCUCCAUCUCCAUAUCCUUUGGCAGCUCACACCUACACCCCAAUAACCAGCUCUGUAUCCACCAUCCGACAGUAUCCUGGUAAGUCUCUAAAAAAAAGCCCGCUUAACAAAUGUUUAUCGUGUUUUUCUUAUUGUAGCCUUGUUAGUAACACUAUAUGAAAACAUUUGCGUUAAAAAAUCUUCCCUAGUGGGACAAGAGUAGUUUCCUGCUCCUAUAUCCUCUACCAAUAAAAUAUAACUUGAAGGAACACUAUAGUCACCUAAAUUACUUUAGCUAAAUAAAGCAGUUUUAGUGUAUAGAUCAUUCCCCUGCAAUUUCACUGCUCAAUUCACUGUCAUUUAGGAGUUAAAUCACUUUGUUUCUGUUUAUGCAGCCCUAGCCACACCUCCCCUGGCUAUGAUUGACAGAGCCUGCAUGAAAAAAAAACUGGUUUCACUUUCAAACAGAUGUAAUUUACCUUAAAUAAUUGUAUCUCAAUCUCUAAAUUGAACUUUAAUCACAUACAGGAGGCUCUUGCAGGGUUUAGCAAGCUAUUAACAUAGCAGGGGAUAAGAAAAUCUUAAUUAAACAGAACUUGCAAUAAAGAAAGCCUAAAUAGGGCUCUCUUUACAGGAAGUGUUUAUGGAAGGCUGUGCAAGUCACAUGCAGGGAGGUGUGACUAGGGUUCAUAAACAAAGGGAUUUAACUCCUAAAUGGCAGAGGAUUGAGCAGUGAGGCUGCAGGGGCAUGUUCUAUACACCAAAACUGCUUCAUUAAGCUAAAGUUGUUCAGGUGACUAUAGUGUCCCUUUAAAGGACAAAAAGCAGUGCAAAGUGAAGGCCUUUAUGAGUGAUCUUUUUAAUUUGAAUAUAAGGAGAUAGGCCUUUUGAGAGUGUGUGUGUUUUUUUUUUUAAUAUUAAAGAAUAACAUUCUCACUUUCUGUUAUGCUUUAGAAUCCUAAAUUACUUUAAAGAACAAAUUAAAUGUGCAGCUAUCUAAACCAAUGCAGACCUUGUUUUUGAAAUUAUGUAGCAUUUUUAUAGAGGCUAAGUUAAAACCAAAAUAACGCUUCAAAGUAACAAAUGGCAAGUAGCAAUACUGUAGCUCAUUGUUUGGAUCAACCAUAAUAGAGAAAUCUCCCAUAGAAGGAUUAAAUUAGUUACAUUUAUUUAUCCAGCAAGAAGAGCAUUCCCGGCUCUCUAAACAAUGGCAGAUGGGUGCUUUAAUGCUGGAUAUAGUAUGUGCUACAAAUUUGUCACAAAACAAGCCCAGAUUGCUAGUCCCAAUUUCUACCAUUGUUUAUGGUCAUGAUGUGAGGAGUAUCCUGGUGCUAUUCCUUGGUAAAAGGGCAAACCAUUUUACAGCUCUUGUUGUGGGCUGGCUAAUGACGUUGUCAGAGGUGGAGUUCCAGCUCUGGCAGCAAAUGGGUUAAACUCUGUAUACGCAGAGUCUCCUAGCAAAACACUGAACAUCAGACACCAUGACCUUUUCAAAUCACUGAAGUGGUAAAGGUGCUUGGAGGAACCCUUUAAUACUAUAACAUUUUAUACUGUUAUGUAUCUUUGUUUUCACUCAAAGAGGGUCCGCAGACUUUAAAACCACCGGAUAACAUAUAUUACAAAUAUUUUAAGAAAUCUCUUAAAAUCGUAUUGUAUUUUGUUACAUUUCUAUUUUUCAGUCCCUGCUCAAGCCCCAAACUCUGCCAUUACAGCCCAGUCAGUUGCCUCCACUGUCCACCUGAACCCCAUGCAGCUCAUAAAUGUGGAUACAUCGCAUACGCGCCACAUCCAGGGGAUACAGCCUGCUCCAGUCAACGCACAGGGGAUACAGCCUGCGUCAUUCAGCACACAAGGCAUGCAAGUCACUUCAAUGAGCACCCAGGGAAUCCAGCCACCUCCAAUGAGCACCCAGGGAAUACACCCUGUAACUACUCAGGGUGUUCAGACAUCAUCUGUCAGCUCUCAGCAAGCUCAGAGUGAAGGAAAAGCUUCAGGUAGUGGGGAAACCCCAGCCAUGUCUGGAUUAAUAUUUCAUAGGCUAGAAAAAGUAACUUAUCAGUGACUAGGGUGGGAGACGAUGACCACUGAAGAGAUGGUUUUGUAGUUUAAAUUCUGUCUGGUGCUACCCUGUAAAGGGUUUUUUUGGUCAGAUUGGAGAUGUUCAGUUAAAUAUUUGUAGCUGGUGCACAACUUAUGCUUAGAACUUAGUGAGUUAAUACAUACUGACAGUCACAAAUCUAGCAGACUUUUAUAUUUUUUUAAAAUAGAUGUACCUUUAUUGCCAGUCUCCCAAGGUUUAUCAAAUGCAAAAAAGGCUCUCCAGGCAUUCAUGUGCAUUUGUAAAUGUAUUUAAGUGUGUUCAUUCCUAUUGCACCUUCUUGUGCAAUGAGUGUGACCUAAAAAUCACGUUGCUAAUGACACACUGGUAGUUCUGUUACAAGCCCUUUCUUCACAUUCCCUAUCCCUGCUUUGCGGGUAUCCUGUAUAUAUAAAAUGAUUUUCUUUUCUUAAGAGUUAAGUUCUGUACAUUCAGCCAUUGGCCUAGCUUUAUAAACUGCAACUAUGAGGAUUAUUUAUUAAUGUGAGAAUUUCGAAGUUAAGGACAAAGUAGCCUACCUGCAAACAUACCUGACUUGGAUAUAUAUGCUUGCAGUUAGCCAUAUAACGGUUUGCUCUGUUUGUGAAAUAUUUCCAUUUACCCACUUGGUGGUCAUGUCCCUGGUAAUAUUAAUGGAUUAGUAGACUAAAGUUGUGAUUAUACUACAUUGCUUAUGCAGGUGAGCAUAGUACUAGACUCACUCAGAGUAGACUCACCAGAGUAGUAAAGCAAAUUGAAAAUUGUUUACAUUGCAAACUUUAGGAUUUCUUUUCCUUCAUUGCAGUUGUGCUUACAGAAGGUGCCACAAUAGUUGCCAAUCCUCUAAGCAGUGCUUUCAACACGGCUGCUGCUGGUGCAGCUGUAAUGCAAAAUCACAGUCAGAGCCCCGGAAUUGGCAGUGCUCCAUCUCAGGGAUCGUCUCCUCGCCCCAGCAUCUUGCGUAAGAAACCUACCACUGAUGGGUGAGUGAUUCGGUUAUUGUAUUAUGGUUGUUUCAUAGUGUUUUCUCAAAACCAAAUACUUUUUCUGUUUUUUGGGGGGUAAUCAGUAUCUAUAAAUGGUUAGUAGAAAGCCUGCUUUUUGCUUGUUUGUUUUGUUUUUUUAAGUUCCUCUCAACACCCUCAUUGUUUUGUUGCUGUAUUUUCCAAUCACUUAAUUCUGGGAAAUGUGUAUUCAAAUAUUUUGCUUGUUGCUUUUUUCUGUUUACAGGUUGUCAGUAAGGAAAAAUCUGAUUCCUGCACACCCGUCAGACGCAGUAAGUCCACGUCAGGACACGUCUCUCCGCAAUACUUCAGCUUCUCCUCGGCCUGCUGGGUAAGAGCUACAGUAUAUGUGAAAUAAAACACAAACAGAAGGUGUAUCACGGUAAUCACCUUACUUUUGGGAAAAUGUGGCAGCAUACAUAUUUACAUUUUGUGUAGGUUUGUUGUUGGUUUUUGUCUUUCGCUUUUUCAUGCUAGACACUAUUCUUUUGGUGACUCCUGAAAAAGAUUAUAAUGUCCUGUGAAUAAACAUAGAAUAUUGGUGCCCAAAAUCUGUACUAGAAAAAUGUAAAAUGUAAAGAGCCCAGUGUUACCAUCCAGAAAAUGUGUAAUUAUUAUUUUAUUAUUUAUAUAGCGCCAUCAGAUUCCAUAGCGCUGUACAAUGGGAUCAAUAUAAAUAUAUGUAAUUUUUUUUUAUGGAUAUGGAACGGUCCGUGUGACUCUGUAACCUACUAAAUCUCUUGCACUCUGCUACAUUGAACCUGCUUUUUGUAGUACUGAGUUUUGGCUCCUAGGUAGUUAGAAGGCAGGAACUACUCAUUAGAGCUUUUCUGGUAAUCUUAUCUUGACAUUUAUUUAUGUAUUCUGUAAACACAGGAUUUCCAUAGUAGGAUUAUAUUUUUUUUAACAUUUGGUUUUGUUUUUACUUUCCUUGUGCAUAGUUUCCAUUUUAUAACUAACUACAAGUCCUCUUUCCAUGCAGAGCUAAACCCAAAGCUGAACUUCAUGUUUCUGUGGCUCCAGGAAUGACUGGAGAUCCAGGCAUAGGUGGCGAGCAGCCUAGUGCAGCUGCAUCGCUUCCAUCUUCCCAUCAUCCUGCAGCCGCUGUACCCAGUCCUCCUUCUCAACCUAUGCUUGGUCCCCUGGCUAGUAAUAUCCACGUUCCUCCUGCUGCCGUACCGGUUUUAUCUGCGCCUCCACCUCUCCUGAGCAGUGCACCAUCUGGAGCGACUCUCCCAGAGACCAAAGUGAAGGAAGAGGUGGAACCAAUGGACAUAGGAAGGCCUGUUUCAGGUAUAGAUUCUUCCUAAUUCACUUCUAAAAAACAUAAGACAUGUCUUGCUAAACUGCUACCUGAGAUCUUUGAUGGGCAUAUAUGAUACACAUGAAAUAUUCAUAUCCAACUAUUUUUCAAAUUGGCAAUAAUUCAAAGAGAUGCUCAAGCUUUCCAAUCAUGUAAAACAGAGAUGACAACGUGUAGAUUCGCAGCUGUAGACCUACACAUACCAUACGUUUUGCCAACUUUAACAGCUGGGGAUCUACCUUGUUGUAAGAGAUUUCCUGGGAUUUUUCACUAAAGUUUGUAAUUUGUUUAUUUUUUUUUCCCCCCUUUUCAGCAGUUCCCCCAUUAUCAUCUAGCGCCAUAUCCUCCCCGCUGUCUCUGCUGGCCAAUAACAUAUCAAUACCUGUUGGAGAAUUGCCACCCGGAGCCUCUCCCCGCAAGAAACCACGGAAGCAGCAACAUGUUAUUUCCACAGAGGAAGGAGACAUGAUGGAAACCCACAGCACAGAUGAGGAGAAAUGUCACACUAUGAAACCUCUAAUCUCUCGACCAGAAAAACGCAAAUCCCCUCCUAAAGAAUAUAUAGGUAAUACAUGUCACACAAUGCUGUGCCAGAUCAAAAUCCUCAAAACUAGUGCAAAGCUCUUGCUUUAAUCUAAUUUACUUGGUUUAAUAAAAUUAAGCCCUUUGAUAGAUUGUGUCUGGCAUCAUUUAAUUGUGUAUUCAAACAAAAGCAUAAUAUGAAAAAGUAUAAUUCUUUUUAAAGCUUUCUCAUCCUAUCUCUCUCGGCUAUCAUAGAGUGUCUCAUUUUCUGGUGCCAUCUCCUCCCCACUAGCUUUCUCAGAGUUUAGCAAUUCUUUGUUCUUUCCCCCUUUGUCUAUUUACACUGCUUCUCUUGUUUACCUUAUUAGCGCAUUUGAAUUCAGUACCUGUAUAUUGACGUAUCUUCUAUAUCUAACUAGAUAUAUUCUAAAACCCAAUAUUUCUGCAACUGGACUUCUCACCUUUUCUAAAUAUUCCACUUCCAUCUAUCUACCUGUUGGUAAAAGCAACACCCAUUACCACAACUUCUUAAACUCACAAUCUGAGUUAUUUGCUGUUCAGAUGUCACUUUAUUCCCUAACCUCCAGUGUGCCUUUCAAUCAUGCAUUGUCCACCAUAAAAUACAGCUCAUAUUUGCCCCUAUCUAACUCAAGGUACGGCUAUGUGGUUUAUUCGUGCAUUUUUCAUUUCCCACCAUGACUAUUUAAACUUCUCAUCUACCUUCCAAAUACUAGUAUUACCUCUCCAAAAUCACUAAUGAAUGCUGCCACCAAUCUUACCUUCCUGACUCCUUGAUUCUCACUCUCACCCCUUUGUCAGUCUUUACGUUUCUCCAUUUUUAAUUUUUUUUGCAAUGUAUGCUUUUUAUUGAACAUUUUAGAUAGAUUCCAAAUAACCAUUUAAUCCAAAGAUGUAAUGUUUUGAAAAGGCCACACGCUUUCUUUGGAACGGCCUGCUUUGCAUUUUUAUACUUUUCCUAGCCUGCAGUCAUUAAGAGUUUGUUUAAAAAUUCAUCUAGGUUACUCUUCUCUCGUAACAAUUUCCCACCUGUCCCUAUUCACUUUACUUGUGCUUUCAUACCGUACAGUUCCUCCAUACACCACUAUUUGUAGCUUAAGUAGACAGUCUUAUAUCUCUCAACCUUUUCUCCCCUCUGCGACAAUGUUGUUCCCUUUUUUGUUUAUUUACCCCCUCCUCCUAGAUUGUAAACUUGUUUGUGAAGGGCCUUCUUCACCCUUUUGUCUGCUAACAGUAUUUUUUUGUGUUUAUUGCUAUUGUUAAAUAACCUCAUUGUAGAACUGUAAAAUGCAGUGUAUAGUGUCGGCACUGUAUAAAUGCUAAAAAUCCUUAUCUUGAUGUUUGUCCCUGUCUGCAAUGUGUAUUUUCAGAUGAGGAAGGUGUGCGGUAUGUUCCAGUUAGGCCACGACCUCCUAUCACCUUACUUCGCCAGUAUCGCAAUCCUUGGAAAGCGGCGUAUCACCACUUCCAGCGCUACAGUGACGUGCGGGUCAAAGGUUAGACUCGAGUGAAUAUUAUAGUGUAGAAGACUUGGUGAUCUAAAGAGCAUAUGUAUCAUGAUGCUCUAUUAAGAAUGGUUGAAUUGCACAUGUGACUGUUUUGUAAGACGUAUUUGAAGAGUUACUUGUCUGACCACUCAUGCAGCCUGCUCACCUGUUUAUUUAUUUUCAUUACAGAAGAGAAAAAGAUGACACUGCAGGAUAUAGCCAGUCAGAAGGGUAUAGCCUGCCGUGUACAGGGCUGGAAAACACACCUGUGUGCCGCACAACUGCUCCAAUUGGUAAUUUUUUAAUGUGAUUCUAGUCCAGAACAGCCAGGUUUACUGUUUUCAUGUACAGUAAUUACUUCUUUGUAUACAUGAAAAGCAUUACCUUUUAGUAUGUAGUAUUUAUGUGCUGCUGAAAAAGACCUCAGUUAAACUUUAAAGUCGGUCCCUUUUGGUUUUCCUCCUCAAUUAGUAAUUUUUCCUUCCUGCAGGACAGGAAUUCCAGGUACUAGAGCCAGCUCUUUUCAUGAGCAAAAUAAAUAUGUUCAGGAUGUAUGUGGUGCCUGUAGGCUACGCUGGCAGAAUUGUUUUUUUUGCCUCUUUCCAAUGUUGAGUCUUGCACUAAAUGGUUUGCUUUUUCUUCAGACUAAAUUGGAGCAGGAUGUAUUUGAUCGGUUAACUGUACUGCAAGAAGGACUCAUUCCCAAAAAGAAAACUUCUACAGAUGAUGAUUUGCAUAGGAUAAAUGAGCUGAUUCAGGUACACAUCCCACUCCUGAUAUCUGACUGAGGUCAAAUAACAUGUCUCGCUGUUUUUGUUUUUUUGUUUGGUUUGUAUCCCCUUAUCAAUAUGUAAUUGACAUAGUUUGAAGCAUCCCUUAUCAGACCAGUCUCGGUCUUCCUUCAUCAUUGAGUUCCAGCCCAUUGCUUUGGAAUUUAUUGCAUAGCUGCUGGACUGUUUACACGCAAAUCUAAAUUGAUCUCGAUCAGCACUAUUGUGUUCACUUUUGAUUUGGGCUGAUUUGUUUUUCAUCCCUAAAGUCCAUGUUCACCUUUUUUUUUUUUUUUAAAUAGUACUAAAGCUCAAACUUUUUCUUUAUAUAUUUAUUUAUUUUUUUCCCUUCAUUCAUUUAUUCAUGCAAUCCAUGGGAUUUUUAUCUAGUACUUUGUUGUUUGAGACUGUAUUCUUCUUGUGAUAUAAAGUUUCCCACCCAUAAGGUGAUCCUGCUCUACUCCUCAAUAUAUUAGUUGUUUUGUAUCCAGACUCCAAGAAUAGAAUUUUACAGGUUUUUUUUAGGCAGCUGGUGUUGAACUGAGGUUGUUGUGCAGGGUACAUGUUCUCUGAGCUUUACACAUAAUAUCAUAUUAGUGGAAGGAGCUAAAUAUUAUCCUCUCUUAUCUGACAACCAGAGGUCAACUAGAAUAUAACCCAUAAUCCUACAGAAACUAAAGGUGAGAAAAAUUUCAAUAAGAACAAAUAAAAUAAUUCUUGCUGUAAUAAUCAUCAGCAAAUGCGUAGGUUUAAAUGGCAGAAUGUUGCGGGCUCAAUUAGUACCCACUCAGAGUCUAGCGUGCUGCUGCUUGGUUUGCGUUGUAGAAUAGCACUUAAGGCAUUGGGUACAAAUAGCUAUGCACAUAUAUCUUCCGGUUCUAAUUGAAAUUAAAACUAAUUUGUAUAAAACUCUCUAUUGUAAUAUAUGCUGAAUAUGUAACUUGUUUUGGGUUUUUUUAACAGUCAAAUCUAUUUCACUGAAAAAGAUUUACGAUCCCUGUCGUGUGUAGCGUUGGUGGUGCAAAAUAGAGCAGAAAAAAUAAUUCAGGAACUUCAUGAUAUAUUUUGUUAUGUUCCUCUCCAUCCACCACUCUCUGACGUUGAAAGUUUCACAAUGAAAAAAAUCAGAGCCUGUGUAUGCAUGGUUCUAAGGAAGAAGGGUUAAAUAAAAUGUUGCCUUAAACAAACCUGUACUAAUAACAAACCUAUAGGACUGGUAAGAAUUAACCAUACUGAAAGGUGCAUUUUCAGGUUCCAUGACUUUCUCUCGCAUGUUGAGGCCUCUUCUAAUAUUUGUCUUUAUCUUUUGACAGGGCAAUAUGCAGCGCUGUAAGCUAGUGAUGGAUCAGAUCACGGAGUCCCGGGACUGCAUGCUUAAAGUACUUGAUCAUAAGGAUCGUGUUUUAAAGUUGCUCAAUAAGAGUGGGGCCUCUCGCAGGCUUUCAAAAGUUAAACACAAGGACAAAGUGUGAACCCAGGACCAGCACACCCGAUUUCAUUUAACUAAGGACAGUCUGCAUUCCUGCAUCUGUUCAGCCAGAGUCAAUGGAGUACCAGUGGCAGAUUGAUUUAUAUAUAUAUAUAUAUAUAUGUUUUUGUUUUUUUUAUAAUUUUUUUUUUUUUUUCAGGACUCUAUUUGCUCAAGAUACAGCCCAUAUCAGGACUUUGGCCUGAUACUUGGUCCCAAAUGGGGCUUUAGUAUUGCCUUCUGUAAAGAGGGUUGAUCUUGGCUUGAUUGUGUUUCCUGGUGCUGCGUGUGAACACUGUUCUCUGUGGCACACAUAUGGUUGUGUAUAGUGCUGUUCCCCCUAACUUGUUAUAACUGUCACAAUGUAAUAGUAAUUUAGCAUUUCCUAACUUGUAUUCACAUCCUAUGUCAUCCCUCGGACGGUGGUUUCAAAACACCACUGUCCACAACUUAACGGUGUAAAUCUACUGCUGUUAAGGGUGUUAUGUCCGUCUCAAACAAGGUGACUCCGUACCGAUAUGUAUGUUGUAUGUAAAUUAUCCAAAAAAUCAUGUGAGCUGGAAAUUAGCGGUUUCCUUUUCCAGUUUUUUUUUUUUUUUUGCUUUAAAUACAAAUUCUCUGUUACAGUACCUUUAUAAACACUGUUUUCAGAUAUUUAUGAAAGAUUUCACAUUAUUGGACAAACUAGACCAUAUGGAUGAUCAUGCUGCCUUUUUAAUUAGGAACAUUAUUCAAGAUCUACGCACUUGGAGUCUGGAGUCUUGAGGUUUUUCUAAGCCAAUGAUUUAUACAAUAAAAAUGUUCCUGCCGACGUGCCAGCUGCAGGCUAUAACUUACGAAGUGCUCAUUGUAGUCUAUGUAGUUCAGGGCAGCAAAUAGAGGAAAUGUCACACACUUACGAUUGCCAGGUGAGGAUUUGAUUGUUUCAUGAAUAGAUUUAAUGGAGUCCAGUCCUUUUAAUUUACCAAGCAAGAUGAAAUGGCACUUAAAUAACAAAGAAACAACUCAAGUAUAAUGGGAAAGUAAAUGCUGUUAAUUUAAAAGUUUUGUUUUUCUGUUUUUUUUUUUUUUUGGUGGGUAUUUUUUCCCUCUUGUCUACUUAAUUCUUCAUUACAAGGCAACCGGUACUUCCUGGUUUUAAUUUCACAACUAUUAUACAUAGCAUAAUCUCUAUUAAGUGCCACAUGUGGCCCAUCUCGCAGUACAGAUGUAAGUAUUCUUGUUGGUGUGGGUCAUUUACUGCAAAUGCAAUAACCAUUUCAUUACAUUCUAGAUGGUGCAGGGAUUUUAACUCCUCAAGGACAGAUGUUGGCAUGUCAUGCUAAUCUUUUCUUUAGUAACCCAGUUGCUAAAUGGUCUGAUACUAAACAGUUAAUUAUACCAUAAAUGUUAAUUGUCGUUCCCUCAAAAUAUGUUGCAGUUUUUCUACAUUUGUAGAUUGUGGCAAAGAAAUUUAGGGAAUUAAAAUAUUGACACCAAAAUAAGAAAUUCUCCUACUCCCUUUUUGAUGCUUGGAACUGUGGUGCAGUUUUAGUGCAUGUAGCAGUUAUGUAAUUAGUAUUCCCCCCCCCCCACAAAGAUAGAUAUAUAUCUAUAUCAAAUUGGUCCUUUUGCCUGACCAGCUGAAUUGCCAAAGGUACAAUAACGUACCUGUAACAUAAAUAAAUAAAUAAGGUGAUUGCCAAGUAAUGACUUGGGGUAAUUUCACUUUUACAAUUUUUUUUUUUAAACAUUAACAGCCUAUUGUGAUAAUACUUUUAUUUUUUUGUAGAUGUUUGUAAAUGUGUUUUUAUUGAGAUACGUGCUACAUCUGUUUUCUUUUAAAAAGCAGUAAUAUUGACCAACAUGCAAAUAAACUGUGUUCUAACCACAACUUACCAGCAAGCAACAUAUGUUUACAGAAGGAAUCUUUGCACAUCCGGCAGUUAAUGUUGAUGAAUAUAGACAAAAAUAUUAAAUCUAAUUUGGCCAUAUCCGGUCAUACUUACAGUAUUAAGUCUGAUGUUUAAACACUACAACUGCUAGGGAUCAAAAAACAUUUUAAAAAAUAUAACACAUACUAGCAGAGAUGUUGAAAUUUAUAUUUGAAGUUGAGGUUUUUUGGUUUUUGUCCCUAUGUUAUUUAAGCGUCACUGAGUCUUCGUCUGCUCCCUUAAAAAACCAUUAACUUCAUUUUGCUUAAAAGGAUAAUAUAGACGUCAAAACAAUCUUAAUUAAGUAGUUUAGGUGUAUAGAUCAUGCUCCGGCAGUGUCACUGCCCAAUUCUCUACCAUUUAACAGUGAAAUCACUUUUGUUACUGUUAGUACAACCCUAG